AUGAACGAGUAUUUGCUUGUCCGGGAAGACCUGGAUAAACUCCAGAAAUUUUACCGUCGAAAUCCGUACGACCAGUCAUAUCCCUUCAUCGUAUAUUUGAGACAAGACAUUGAAGAAUUCACCAUUAAAAAAUUCGGAUCUUUGGAAAAAUUUAAAAUCGAGUCCCAAAAACGACGAAUCUCUCCCAAAAAAUCCACGACGGUGACAUUCCGUGAUUUUGUAAAAAACGGAAGUGGAAAAGUCGUCUCAAUGGCGAUAAUUGUAAAUUCCUUCAACUUUCUGUUCAAAUCAGUGGCAUAUAUAUACUGUGGGUCACACUCAAUGUUCGCGGAAGCAGUUCACUCGUUGGUCGACACUUUGAAUCAAAUCCUGUUGGCCGUCGGUCUCCACCAGGCCAUGAAAAAACCUGAUUUUUUACAUCCAUAUGGAUAUGUCAAUCUCCGAUAUAUUUCCUCGUUGGUUGGAGGGGUGGGGAUUCUGUUUUUUGGGACUGGACUGACUUUAUAUAACGGGCUAUUGGGGUUAAUCCACCCUGAAGAACCUGUUUAUAUGUUUUGGGCGUUGUUUAUUCUUAUUGGUUCAUUUCUGUCGGAAUUGUCGUCUUUUAUUGUCGCAUAUCGAGAAAUUAGACAGUCUUCAAAAGCUAGAAAUAUUCCAAUUUUUGAUUAUAUUACUCUCGGAAUUGACCCGAAUGUGACUGUCGUGUUGUUGGAGGACAUGGCGGGAAUUGGUGGGGUCACUCUCGCCGGGAUUUGCAUGUUUUUGACAUAUUGGACGGGCAGUAUACUUUUUGACGUUCUCGGCUGUGUUGCUAUUUCGUUAUUGCUUUCGACUGUCGGGGUUUUUAUUGUGCGUCAAAAUGCACAACUUUUGAUGGGGAAAUCAGUUUCUAUCAAAGUCUACAGAGAAAUGAGGACUGAUUUGGAGAAUGAUCGGGUCAUCAGGGCUGUCCACGACAUCAAGGCUAUCGAAUGUGGCCAGUCAAACAUUCAUUUCAAAGCAGAAAUUGAUUUUGACGGCUACCAGAUUACCGAUAUUUAUCUAAAAACGACCAAUUUGGAUAAUAUUUUGAUGGAAAUUAAGCAAAUUGAAACUACGGAUGAACUUAAAUCGUUUUUAUUGUUUCAUGGAAAAAAUUCAAUCGAUCAGCUUGGCCAGGAAGUUGAUCGAAUUGAGAAAAUUUUAAAGUCUAAACAUCCAAAUCUCAGACAUGUUGAUCUCGAAGUUCUUUAA